AUCCGUGCGGUGUUAUGUAUAAACGGUGUGUAAACACAACAAGGACGGCAAUAAUAACCAUUUGGUAGAAUUUUAAAAUGGCGACUGUUUGGAUUGUGAUUGAUUAUAUACCAAAAUUUUGCGACCAUUAAAAAUGCAAUUGUUGGUGUUUAAAAGUGAUUUGAAUGACUGAAUUUGGUCGAAAACUUUGUUCAAUUAAUCCAUAAUCAACAUGCACAUGGAGUUUUGAUGAAAAAACAUUUAUUUAUAGGAAAAUUUUGUGUUUAAAAUUGGUAGUGAUUGACAGUGUGUGAAGAACAAGUACAAUACAAGGGAGUGCACUUUUUUUUCUCAAUGGUCAAGAAAAAACGAAGCAAAUAUUGAUUCAUUCAAAACGUUUUACUUGGACAUAUGGCGGCCUCCACUCAGGGAGAAAUCAGAGUGGGUUCCGGCCACCAGGUAAACGAUGUCUAUGCAAAACUUCCCGAUUACGAACCAAUUGAAAAUUACAAAGAAGUUGAUGAACGUGAAUUAGAAGAAAAACGAUGGAGUCCUGCAAUUGUAUUAGACGGCGAUUUGUUAAUGUACUUACGAGCUGCUAGAUCUAUGGCAGCAUUUCAAGGUAUGUGUGAUGGGGGAUCUCCAGAAGACGGAUGUAUGGCAGCGAGUCGUGAUGAUACUACAAUAAACGCAUUUGAUGUUCUACAUGAUUCUGGAUAUGACCCAGGCAAAGCGUUGCAAGCAUUAGUUAAGUGCCCUGUACCAAAGGGAAUCGAUAAAAAAUGGACUGAAGAUGAAACAAAGAAAUUUAUUAAAGGUUUGAGACAAUUUGGAAAGAACUUUUUCCGAAUACACAAGGAUUUAUUGCCGCACAAAGAAACUCCCGAAUUAGUGGAAUUUUACUAUUUAUGGAAGAAAACGCCCGGUGCCAACAAUAAUCGACCACAUAGACGUCGACGGGCAGGUUCACUUCGACGGAAUCGAGUGACCCGUGCAAGUAAUGCACCAACAAAUAAAAAGGAAGAAACUCCUGAACCGACCUCAACAGACACACGACCAGCAUCGAUAACGAAAGAGGAUAAUAGCUCAUUGACAGAGGACGAUGCAAGCGAGUGUGAAAGUGAUUCGAGUACGACAAAUAAACGUUCGACAUCAAAUAAUACUGAAAUUCUUGGUGACGAGUCUCCAUCGAGAAUGAGGACUCGCAAUAAGCAAGCCAAAGAUCAAUCCAGUAACAAGCGCCCGAAACGAGGUACUGAUACUCCUGAUACGGCUAACGAUAAUCCAAAAACACCCAACAAAAAUGACAAAAGAAAAAGCACCAAUAAUAAGCCAGAAACGCCAAAGGCAAAGAAACGUCCCAAUAUUGACGUGGAUGCUGACAAUGACACAUCCGAGGACAAAGAUAAACGUAAACGAUGUGAUAGUCCCACUGAAAGCAUCAACUCUGACAGUCGACCAGAAUCUGUCAUUGAUGAUCAGGAGAAUACGAGUGAGCCUCCAGAGAGCUCUCUAUCUGUUCAUGUACCUAAAGAUUCAGAAGAAAAACUGGAAGAUCCUCUGUCCAUAGCCAUUAUGGAACCACUCUCAUGCGUCAGCAGCAAUGAAAAGGACGAAGAAGUGGAAGAAGAAUCGAAUCAAGAACCUUCAAUCGUUGAUCCGAGCAGUGAACAAGCUGAACCAGAUCCAGUUGUAGACGAUAAUGCAGAGGUGAAAGUCGAAACCAAGUUACCGAACGAAGAAGAAGAAGAGGAACAGAACACUGUGCCAACGGAAAAUAUCCCGGUAACGGGUUCCAGUCAACCAGAAGAGACGUUUGCACCACAACCAAAUCCAGCGACUACGGCAGUUACUUCUGUUAUAAAUGCUGCAGUUUCUCCCAGCUCAUUUGCUGCUAAGGAAGAGGAAAUGGUUUCCGCUAUAGCGAAUAUCAAGCAGGAAACGACCUCAGCUACCACAGGAGCUGUAAACUAUGCUUCUAAAGAUGUUUUGUACAUCAAAAAGGAGCCUGGAGAUGAUUCUACAGACAAUAGCAACAGUAAUGAACCGCAUGACUUGAAGGUCAAAGUCGAAAUAAAGACUGAAAAGAAGCCAGAAGCGUCUGAACAGGAACCGAAAUUCGAGGAAGAUCACACUGCUGUUGCGAAACCACCAUCAUUCGAAGGGCAUAUAAAAUACGGAAUGACUGAUCCUCACAUGAAAUACGGGAUGGAAGCUACGAAGUAUGGCGAUCCAAUGAAAUUUUCACAUGAGAAUCCGAGCAAAUAUCCGCCUGAUAUGACUAUGAAGUAUCCACCACAAGAGACAUUAAAAUAUAAUCCCGAUGGAGUGAUGAAGUAUGACAUGAAGCCAUACAUGGAAAAUCCUCAAAAAUACACGGACGAAUCAAUGAAACCGUACCCGGAGAAUCCAAUGAAAAUGGAACAGCCACAAGUGCUGAAAGGAGGUCCAUAUCAAACAGAACCAGCUGACAUGAAAUAUAAUCCAGAGAGCCAGCACAAGUAUACAAUGCCGCCAGAAGCACUGAAGUAUGAAAACGACGAAGGGGCCGCAGGUAUGAACAAACACUCCUACCCCGAACCACACUCUGCUCAUCGAUCUCCAUACGAUCAACCGCAGUCUAUGAUGAAAUUUGGAGAACAAAUGUCGAAAUUCCAUGGAAUGCCACCGAGUGCUUCAAAUCCACAAGAUUUGAAGUAUUUACCAGAAAUGAAGUACCGCGUUCAAGAUGGCUCCGUAAAAUCACAAUACUCUGCGGACAACUUGAUUAAAAGUUCGGCUUAUCCCGAUCAUCUUAGUUCGAUGAAAUACCCACCGACGGAUAUCGAUAACUCGGCACGGUCCACUCCGAAUCAGGAUAGUCAGGGAAGUAACAGCAAUUUCCAGACACAGCUUCAUCCACAUGGAAAUAUUCCGUCGCCACAAACAAGAGCUGGCUCUCCACAAAAUCAGUCACCACAUUUAAAUCAAUCUCAAUCGACUCCACUGAUACUUAGUCAUCCUGGUCUCCCCAGUCAUCACGGCAGCAGUCAUCUACCUUCGAAUCAUCCAUCACUACUAUCCUCAAGUGCAUCACCAACUGUUACACCUGGUGGCCUUACGCAGCAAUCACAACACUUGCAUGGAACUGCAAAUAUGCCUCUUGGCAUGUCUAGUGGAUUGAAUCCAGCGAAUCCGUCGAUACUUCCCCCAACUAGUACUUCUUCUACACAUCCAACGUUGCAUCGACCUCACCAAGAUAUACCAUCUCCGCUACAUCAUCCAUUAGUUGGUUUUGGGUCGCAUACGUCGAGUAGUCACAAUCAGAGCCCAUCGGCACCAGCCAACAAUUCAAGAAAUGAAUCAGAUCGACUCGAAAGAAGAGAUAGCGGACUACAUCACCGUGCGUCGCCUGUUGGUGGAAUGAUUCCUGGGAGCAGUUCGGGAUUGCUCACUCAUCCAGCGAUUCCACAUAUGCAUCUUGGUGGACCGCCGACCGUUCCAUCUGUUGCUUUGCCACUAUUAUCAUCGCAUCAUCCAAGUCAUUUGGGGCCACCAUUGCUACCUCCAAACUCUUCUGUACCAAAUGCUCCAUUGCCUCUGAUCAGCAGUCAUUCUGGAAGUGGUUUGAGCGAUGGCCGACAUACACCAAUUUCUGUUCCGCCAUCUUCGACACACGCCCCAACGCCAACCACUGCUAGUUCAGCAUUUAGUCGUACAAGUCCAAGUGUUCAGUAUGCUUCGUUACCACCUUCGUCUGCUCAUCGCACAAGUUCUCCAUCACAACCACCGAAUAGUUUAACAAGAGGAAGUCCGCUACAUUUACCACACCAUUCAUCUGCAUCAGCCUUGUCUGCGGCUGCAGCAGCAGCUGCUGAACGUGAUCGUCAAGCUUUAAUGCGUCAGCAAUCACCACAUAUGACACCUCCGCCAGUGUCAUCAUCAUCGCUGAUAGCAAGUCCAUUAAGCAAAAUGUAUGGACAGCCGCCAAGAUCGUUGGGCGCAUCGUCUCCACCACAUCACUUGCGACCAGGAGCUUCACCUCCAGUUCUCCGACAUCCACAAAUGCCUCUUCCACUUCCAUUAACUGGAAGUAUGCCUACACCAAUGGGAAUGCAUCCAGCACAUAAUCCUUACUCUCACCAUUUGAUUCAUCCAAUGUUCUAUCCGCAUCAACACAAUCCAUUCAACGCUCCGUACGCCUCUUAUCAUCCGUAUUCUCCAGCUGGCUAUCAAUUUAUGGCUAGACCGCCACCUCCGAAUGCAGCACUUGAAGCGAGUGUCAUGUCUCACCAUCAAAGUGUUCCACCACGAUGUGACGAACCGCCAGCACAUGUGGACAAACAAAUGUCCAUAUCCAAUUCACCGAGCAUUCACAAACAGAUUAAACCUCCAGCACCUAAAACUCCACAGGGAAGUAGUAGCAGCGGAAGUAACAGUGGAGCAGGACCGUAUCCGAGUCCACAUCAAUAUUCUCAACCACAUCAAUUUGCCGAAUCGCCAUUGUCGGCGGGUAAAACAAGCCACAUGGAUGCGUUGAGAGCACAUGCACAUUCGGCUAGUAGCGGACUGAGUCAUCAUCCAACAGAUCCUGUUCAUGUCGAUAUCGAACCAGAUCCUGAACCAGAAGUUCCUAGCCCUACACAUAACAUACAGCGCGGUCCUAGUCCCGAUUGUAAGCCGGAUGAUACAGAAUGCCAUCGUUCGCAGUCGGCAAUAUUUGUUCGCCGAUGUGACCGUGGUGAUUACAAUUCAUGCACACGAACCGAUCUCGAGUUCAAGCCUGUUGCAGAUUCGAAAUUAGCAAGAAAGCGAGAGGAACGGGAUCGGAAAUUGGCCGAGAAGGAACGUGAACGUCGUCAACAGCAACAACAGCAAGCUGCUCAACAGCAACAACAAGCUGCAGCUGCCCAACAGCAGCAGCAGCAGCAACAACAGCAACAACAACAACAGCAGCAGCAACAGCACCAGCAACAACAGGCCCAACAAGCUGCCGCUCAACAACAAGCUCAACAACAGGCUGCACAACAAGCCAAAAUGAAAUCGGAAAUCAAACCGUAUGUCGACACACCAGCAUUGAGACAGUUGUCCGAGUAUGCUAGACCGCAUGGUUUCAGUCCUGUUGAACCGAUGGUUCCAUAUCAUCAUCCAAUGGGGCCAAUGUACAGUAGAGAGAGAGAAUUUGAGGAUCUGAAAAAUGCUCAAGCUGCAGCUGCUGCGUCUUCGAGACUUGAUCCACAUUGGAUGGAAUUUUACAGGAUGCGCGGUCUUCAUCCAUCCCAAUUCCCCCUUUAUCCGAACCAAGCAGCUAUAUCUCAACUGGAACGCGAACGACUUGGCAUACCUCCUUCACAUCAUGGACUUGAUCCGAACGAUCCAAUGAUACGAUUGGCUGGCGAAUUUCACGCCCAUUCUCAUACUCAUUUACAUUUGCAUUCACAGCAACAGCAAGAAGCAGUCGGAUUCCAGCUACCACCCAACGUACCACCAUAUCCACGACCGAAUAUGUUAUUGGGGAGGGAACACAAUCCGGAAGUUUUGCUGCGUAUGUCCUACGCUGAUCAAUUGCAGGCGGCCGAGUUCCGACAGACGAUGGAUCGAGCGCAUACAUUGCACGAACAGUACUUCAGACAUCAAGACAUAUUGAAAGUCAGAGCAAUGGAAGAGGCAGCACGAGGAAAACAUUAGAUAUGUGUGUGUAACACACAAUUUGAUUUGAGUAAAAUAUAUGGAAAAAUUGAAUUCCAAUUUUUUUGAAAGGAAAUUAUUUAAAAUAAGAGGGAAAAACUAUUGAACAAGAUGGAAAGUGCUUGGUUAUAAGUCUUUUCGUUCUUCCUUUUAAUUUUAUUAUUUCCUCGUUUUUUUUUUAAAUCUCGUUUAGUGAAAAAUAAAAGGAAAAAAAUAUAUUUAAAAACGUAAUUAUUAGAGUAAAAAUGAUAUAUAAACAAUUGAAAACCACGUAAAACUUAAUUAAUUAAACAAUUUAUUUAAACGAAACAAAGGCAUCACGUAACACUGUUACUGAUGGCGAAGAUUUAAUAUAAAUAAAAUCUACAAAAUUCAAGAAGGGAAACGCGACAGCAGCGGAAACAAUAAAUAGUGAAUACGAUAAGCUCUUAUUUAAUUUUAUGAAUGAAUUAAGUUGUUUUUUGGUACUUAUAACGAAACAGAAAGAAGAAAUUUUAUCACCAUGGUACUCAUUACCUGUACUUGUCUAUGCAAUCAAAAAUAAUUUUGAUUUUUUCAAUCAGAAAUGUCCUCCCUUUCAGCCAGAGUCUGAUCAUAGAUGAUUGUUAAGCAUAACAAAAUAAAAAAAUGAAUUUUACUCUGCCGUUUUUUUUUUUAAGAUUAAAUUAUGGAUUGUAAUGAGCGGGAUCAGAAUUUUUUCAUUUUAAAUUAAAUUUAAUGUGUAGGAUUGACUAGAUUAGUUUUUAGAUUAUGUAAAUUAUGUCGAUGAAUUUCUAUUUAAUUAAAAUACUCGAAACGAUCCAUUGAAUUUAAUCUAACAAACCAGCAGCACAUUUUUGCCAUCAUACAAAAAGAGUGUGGACAGUUCAUUAUCUCAAAACCAUUGAAUCGAGACCGUCAAAAUUUGAAUGAAACAACAAUAACAACUGUAACAUAUAAACUAUGUUUUUAUAUGUGAUUGAAGUACAAUUCUUUUUAGUUGUAAUUGGUCGAACUGAACUCCCAAUUGGAUGAAACAGUUCCUUCUUGUCUGUUUGUUCUUUACUUCUUACCCCGGUUAGCUUAGCGUAGUCUGAUAUGGCGAUAGUAGCAUUGCUAACUGGGACCCACUGGGAUAAUAGUAAAAUUGAAGUCAAAUUGAACAUAGACUGACGAAAAAUCACAAUGUUCACUGCGUCACAUUGUCAAUUCUAUCCACCAAAUAUUCAACAAGAAACAAGGAUAUGAGUUAUCAACCUGAAGUUUCUUCCUGUGUCUUACCACUUUACGUUAUCUCUAGUGUUUGAAAAGUCAAACAAAGUAACAUCAAAGAAUGUUGAAACGAAUUUUCGAAUGGAUCCAAAAUUUUCUUGCUUUUAUGUAGGAAAUGAUGGAAAUUCAUUAUUGAAAUGCUGUACGGGCGCUACUUAAUUUCGGGACAUUUAAAUUUUAGACCAAUUAGCGUACGUAAAAUACAAAAAAUAUAAGAAAUCCAUAAGCGCAAAACGCGAUUACAUAGUGAAUACCAGACCAGACGCAUAUGAACGCAAAUAUGGUAACAUGAACAUAUGAGUCAAGUAUAUUAUAUCGUGGUAACCAUGGUUCAACAUCAUAUUUGCAGAUGCAUUUGUCAAUUCACAAUUCAAUUGAGAAAAAAAUCUGAGAAGUACGAGAAGUAUACACAGAAAAAUUAAAUUAAUGGAAUGUCACAGGGCUACGAUGAUAAACGUGAUACGGUAACCACUGGGCGACCUACGAAUGGAACAGUAUAAAUAAUGAGAAAAUCGAUGAAACUUUAAAGCGUCGAUGGUUGAUAGAAAUGUUAAGAAAAUUCUUUUACUUCUCUUUCGAAUGCUAAGGAAUUAUUUAAAUUGUCAUAAGUAUUCUGAGACAAUUUUUCCACCAAUGCAAUUUUCCUGCUCUGAAAUCACUGGUAAAUUUCCAAGAUUUUCUGGUUGCAUUUUAAAUAUAUUUUGAAACGAAACAGCAAGUGGACUCAUUCUAUCUGCCCAACAUCAAUUCCGAUGUGAAAAUCUCGUUUCGAUUUUAAUUCAAUUUGUGUUCACAAGGAUGUUUCGCACAACCAACGGAUGGUAAUACAAUUUAAUUUAUUUCGAGCGAUUCUUUUGCUUCCUAUAUAAAUAUAUAUAAAAAUUCUGAUGGUCGAAAUCACCUUUAUUUGAUAAUGCUUUAUACUGUUGUAUAGGAUAAUGGUUAAGCAUUAAUCUCCUCUUUAAUUAAAACGUUCAACUCUUCAUAUAUAGGCAAAAUGAAUUACAACAAAAAUAUUUAAACAAAAAAAAGGAAAAUUGAGAGAAAAAAUAUAGUGUAAACAUAUAAAACCGAAAAUACCGUAUUUUUAUAUGCAAAAAAAAGUGAAUGAAUAAAAAAAAUCUGACUAACUAAUAAAAAAUGACAUACAAAAAAAUAAUAAUGAAAAAUGGAAAAAAAUUAUAUCCAGAAAAGCUUUGUAUAGAUUAAAAUGUCGAGUAUAAAAAUGA